AUGGACUUUUAUUUGUUCGACGAGCCGCCCGAAUACAACAACGAGCUCGGCGACUUGGACUACACCAGUGGCCUUCCAGACAGUCAUUAUCCGCUCUUUUACUCUACAAUCUCCCCACUGUUCGAGCCUGCCCCCCCUUCUCUGCGCAAAGCUCCCGCAACAAUCUCUGUCUCCAGGAAAAUGGCUGCGACCGCUGCCGCUGCCGUGUCUCCCUCGAGCUCUCCGCGUCUGCCCAGCCCUCCGCCAUUCACAGAAGUCCAGAUCGGACCACAGUCUCCCACGGUUGGAGACAAUGGAGGCGAUGGCCAGUUCUUUGCACCGUUGACAGAAAUGGAUGAUGGGUCAACAAGGCGAAUCAGGCCUGGUACUAAAGCUGCCGACAUGGCAUCUGGGCCGCCGCUCAUUCCGUUGUCACAGCUCGACUCUCCCUUUCAGCUUCAAGAACAUCUCAAAGCUCUUUUUCACAAUUACACCAUGCCCAACGGGUCGACUACCAUUCACCCAAUCACACACGAAGUCGCGGUCUCGCUCUCUCAUGCUCCCGAAGGCGUUGAACGAUCUUUAUGGCUUUACGAGCUGUGUCGCUUUUUGACAAUGAAAGUGAAUAACCUUAUCAUCGCAUUUUUCGCUGAAGAUCCUCCUUGCUCGCAACAGUCAUGCCCUGAAAUGCGAGCGUCCGAAUGGCAAUACCUUUGUGCUGUGCACGACCCACCAAAGUCAUGCUGCGCGAUCGACUACUGUUGCCAUACCCUCGACUGGGCGACGAAUAUUUUGACCUCGCCAAAAUAUUUCCCCAGCAGGCUUACUCUGGGUUCCGAGUCCGGGGGUGGCCCGCAAGCCAGCAUGCGGCAUUUGACAAACAUAUUCCGUCGUCUAUAUCGUAUCUUUGCGCACGCCUGGUUCCAGCAUCGAGAUGUUUUUCGUCAAGUUGAGAACACAGAUGGAUUAUAUGUUUUCUUCAAAACAGUCUGCGACGUUUACGAGUUGAUACCCCAGGACAAUUAUACUGUUCCGGAGGAAGCAGAGCGACUGGCUGCUUCCGACGAUACUCCAGAAGAGCCACAGGGCCAUUCCAUUACGGCAGCAGUACUACCACCCGAGAACAACCGCCGAAUUUCAGUGCUGCGGAAUGAUACAGCCAUCCUGACGCCCACCCUGUCUUCGGAUAAUCCUGGGGAUGCACAGGCUUCAUUGAAUUUAAGCACGGGUGCUACGACGAGACGACACAAACAUAGCCCAUCAACAGGCUCGAGUGUGUCGACUAUAGCGGAGGUUACAGAGGAUCACAGCCCAGCUGCCAAAAUCGAACAGUCUUUACCCAAGGUCGAGGAAAAUGUAGAGAAUACGAAAUCUCCAGCCACGGAAGAGUCAGAGAUAGAGAAAACCGAGGCCCCUGAGGAAAAGAGUUCUGAGGAAGAACAAAAGGAGUCUGAUUCGGUUGAACCAACACCUGAAAAGGCUAGCCAAAGUGAAGAGGAAACACAGCCAACAGAAACAUCAGAGACGGAACCAGAGACAGACAAACAGGAGGAAUCAGAACCCAGCGGGUCGACGGCCUCAACAACUACAGAAGUUCCCCCUGAAGAACAACCUGGAUCUUCCGAACGGGAGCCGUCCAAUGGAGAGCUCGAGACCGGCUUCAAAUUUCCAGCCUCCACGAACGACGAAAACUCUGCUGCAACCGAGUCUUCUGACAUCCCAGCAUCCACCGAAUCACAUACUACCGUUUCCGUAGUUGAAACAACCAAGGAGAAAGAUGAGUGA